CGCGCACGGAUCAAGUCUGUAUCGAUUUCAAGUAUACGUUUUUUGAUGCUAUCUCUCAAUUAGCUUGCAGCCGUGAAAUCGACUUCUCAUUGGUGCCACGGCGCUCACACACGAUGAGCCUGUAUGUUGUCAAUUGGUGGCGAUUUGAUUGGUUUUUGAGCCAUGCUUCAUUCAGGGAUGCCUUUCAGCUGUGGUAACCCCGCUCGGGUUCUUUGCACAACUUGGAUCUGUCGUGUCAACUUCUCAGUCUAAGGCCAAAGCCGUUCUGCUUGCUUAUCAACAUCGUCAGUCGUGUAUAUGUUACCAGCCGCACUCGUGCCUCUACAAAAUGGCGCUUUUUUGCUGCCUGAAAACAGCAACCAGGAGGAACACGCGACGGCAUGCUACGAGCACCAACUCCACUCCGAAUCCUGCAGGAGCAGCAUCUUCAUCAGCUUUGUCUCAGCCAUCUCAAGCUUCUCAAUCUGUGCCUACGCCAAUACCACAAGCAUCAGCGGAACCGACGUCAACAACAAUCCCAGCAUCUUCCAAGCAUUUGCAGUCAUCAGGGAUUCAAGAGCGGCUUUGGGCCACGUCUUUUGAGGAGCUUGAGAAAACCAAGCCCGAGCUAGUUAAGGCAUUCAGGAGGGUCAUAUACACCAAAGUAAACCAACCUAAUUUAACUCCUAAUGGGCCGUUAAAACACGGAGAAGAAGAUUCACGGGAUCCAACUCCAGAAGAAUUAGAGAGAUGGAUCAAGGAUGGGUUAUUGCGGAACGAAAGAGCAGCGUCAGUACAAAAGGGAAUCGGAGUGGUUGUACAAGUAGUAGGACCUGCGAAGCAUAUCAUGAACCUGGUUGUACAAGCCGUUCCACAAGCCACUAUUCCUUGGGCUGGCAUUUGUCUCGGGCUAGAGAUACUUUCGAAUCCCAGCAAUGAAUCGAGCACCAACAGCGACGGUAUCGUCUACGUAUCGUCAAGACUGCAAUGGUACUGGGAACUGGGGUCCUUGCUUCUUGACGAAAGCAAAAGCGAGCAAGCUUCUGAGAAACUACGCAGCGAAUUGGAGAAGAACAUUAUACAGGUCUAUGUAGCGCUUCUCACAUACCAGCUUAGAAGCAUCUGCCGUUACUACCGCCACUGGGUUCGAGCUAUUCUAAGAGACGUGGUGAAAUAUGAUGGGUGGGCAGAGCAAUUGGAAAGUAUCAAAACAGCCGAAAGAGCCGUCCAGAAAGACAUAGACCAAUAUAAUGGGGUAGAGGUGAGAUCAAAACUUCGUCAGCUCGCCGACGAGGCCAUGACUGUUCGGACGGGUCUCCAAAAUAUCCAUUCGACCUUACAAGAUCAAGCGCAACGACAAGAGCAAAGAGCAAAAGAUGACAAGGACGAAAAGUGUUUAGAAGCAAUUUUCGCGACGAACCCUCGAUCGGAUAAAAUGCGUAUCGAAGAGACAAAAGGCACGUUGCUCAACGACUGUUACUCCUGGGUUCUCCAAAACGAUGAAUUUCAACGCUUUCAGGCCGAGCAGCAGAAUCAGCUUCUGUGGAUUAAAGGCGACCCCGGCAAGGGCAAGACAAUGCUGCUUUGCGGUAUUAUCAAUGAGCUAGAGACUCAGCCGACAAGCUUAAGAUCGGCUCUGCUGUCCUACUUUUUCUGCCAAGCCACCGUAGAAACACUGAAUAACGCGAAUUUUGUACUGCGGGGCUUGAUCUGGGACCUUUGCCGCCAGAAUCAUUCGCUUAUCAAGUACGUACGACAUGAAUACGACGGCACGAGCCAAGCACUGUUCUCACAAGACAAUGCUUGGGUCACUUUGAGAAGAAUCAUGACAGCCAUGCUAGAUGAUCCAGUGCUACAAGGUGCCACCAUGAUAAUUGAUGCCUUGGACGAGUGUAAUGUUGAUCGGGAACAGCUCCUUGACUUUAUUGUCAGCACUUCGACCGUUAAGUGGAUCGUCUCGAGCCGUAAUUGGCCUGAUAUUGAGCAGAAAUUCAAAACGACCAAACAUAUGAACAAGCUGCAUCUCGAGAUGAACCAAGGAGUUGUCGAUAAGGCUGUCAAUUCCUAUAUAACCUUUAAAGUAAAUCAACUAGCAAAAAGCAAAGAUUACCAGGAGGAGACGAGGAAUGCUGUCGAAAGCCAUCUAACAGCCCAUGCUAGAGGAACCUUUCUGUGGGUGGCCUUGGUUUGUCAGGAGCUCGCACGCGUGGGCAGGGUACUUGCGAAAAAAAUAGUUAAGGAGUUUCCAACGGACCUUAACGGGCUUUAUGGAAGGAUGAUAAAACAGAUGAAAGAUUCGCCAUACGCCAAAGUUUGUCUGAAAAUUCUGACUCUUGUCUCGGCAGUAUACCGACCUAUCACUUUGGUGGAACUGCACGUUUUGCUGUCUCCAGUCAAAGACUUCGAAGACAUCGGACUGGACGACUGGAGAGAGAUCAUCGCUUCAUGUGGCUCUUUCUUAACCGUUAGAGAAGACAUUGUUUAUUUUGUGCACCAGUCAGCAAAAGACUUUCUUAUGGACAAGUCUACAAGCAGCAUCUCUCGUUCUAGUAUUGCAAAUCAGCAUAGUGAAGUGUUCGGGAAGUCGAUGGAUGUUCUCUGCGGGACAUUAAAACGUGAUAUCUAUGGAUUGAAAAAACCUGGAGCCCUCGUCGAUCAAGUCUCAAAAGACGCUCUUGGCCCGUUAGCCGCCAUUCAAUACUCUUGCGUCUUCUGGGUCGACCAUCUCGAGGCCUCACAGGUCAAUACGCAUGUGGAAGCGAGUCCGGACAAGGCACCGGUCGAUAUUAAUGCUCUUCUGCGGUUCUUCAAGACGAAAUAUCUGUAUUGGCUUGAAGCUCUCAGCUGGAUGCACAAAAUACUAGAAGGUGUGAAAGCCAUGGAAAAGCUGGAGAGAAUCGCAGUAAGUCUGAUGUUAUGAAUCAAGAAGGAGAACAAACGGGUAAGACUAAUAAGGCAUAGAUGAAUACAGAUUCAAAGGAACUACAAGGCCUCGUCAAGGAUGCUAGUCGAUUUAUUCUGUCACAAAAAAGAGGUAUCGAGAUUGCUCCAUUACAAGCAUACACGUCAGCCCUUCUCUUCAGUCCUACAAACAGCUUGAUCAGAAGAUUAUUUAAGCAAGAGUAUCCAACUUGGAUAGAACUACAACCGAAGAUUGAAACAGUGUGGAAUGCCUGUUUACAAACACUCGAGGGCCAUACUAGUCGGGUAACCUCAGUCGCCUUGUCGAGUGACGGCAAGCGAGUGGCAUCAGGCUCAGACGACAACACGGUUAAGAUAUGGGAUGCUACUUCAGGUGGUUGUUUACAAACACUC